AUGGCCCUUGGCCGUGUUGGUCAUGAUGGCCCUAGCGCUACGUCGUCGCCCAUGUUGCCGUCCGAUGGAAACCACCAGCAACAGCAACCGCAGCAACAGAAGCGAACAUUCUACCACGACUCCCCUGAGUUACCGCCGUCGACUUCAUUCGACCCCUUUUCUCGGUCAAAUAAUCUUCGUCCGGACGAGGACGAGGACGAUGGAGACAGCCUUCGACGGCCCUCCGUAGCCAGUGCGACCACCGUCGGUAGCCAAGGGUCUCGCUCCCACGGAGGGCGAUUCCACAAGCGCCUCCAGGGAAUAUUUGGCGACGAGUUCGAACAGCAAGACCUUUCCUUUCCAACAACGCUGAGAUCGUCUAGUCGACUGUCAAGCUCGAGGCCACGGACGGGCUCUGCGGGCAGAGCGCGGAAGGGAUCCACCAACUCAUUAAGUCUCGAUCGAACUGCUUCCCCUGAUCCCGCUCGCCCGCGAACCCCCAUACCUUCCAGCGAAGUUACUCCUUGGGAAUACCAGAACUUCAGAGAUAUCCCCAAUCUGGGUGAAGCUCCUGUCAGGCAAGCUCCCACUACUGAUCCCUCUGAGAAUCAGCCGCCGGCUCCGGCGCCCAAGGUUCGUCCGACUCAUCGUCUUCACCUCACCGGCCACCGCCAUACGCAGAGCAAGGAAGACCCGCCGCCCAAUACUGCCAACAUCAGCACGCCGCUCCCGCCGCGACCUGCUUCGGGUCGUGAUGAAAUCCCGCCCCUUAUGCGACAGUCGAGAGAGCACAGCCUGCAGGCUCCGACUCCAAUGAGUUCUUCUACUACACUCGGCGGUCGUUCUGCCAGCCCUACGCCUAGCACACGGAGCCUCAACCCGAGAGAUGCGCGCGAUCAAUCCUCCAACCCUUCUGCGCCCAAAAGAUCUCUAUUCGACCGUAUUCGCCGUCCCAAAGCUACCUCCAACUCUCUCAAGAACCUGCCCUCACCCUCAAAAUCUGUCCAGGAUAUGGCUAAGGCUGCUAGUUACUUUACUUCCGAGCCCGGUUCCAUUCUCCGUGGCAGAAAGGGCAGUUCAGAGUCGACUUCGCGAGAAAAUAACGACCUUGACCGCAAAAAAGAAGGCACAACUAGUAAGGCCCUGUCUGCAAUAGGGCCUAGUCGGCUUAGACAUGGUCGCCGACUUCUAGAUGGGAAGGGCGCAAGGGAUCGCCGGAAUAAGGCUGAUAGUAACCAGGUCUUCCUUGAUACCAAUCUGGGUGACAUGUCGGGCAUAGUAACACAACCGGACGCCAUAUCUCCAACAGACACAAGUGUUGGCAUAUUCGGAGGCGCAAAACCAUUCCCUGCCAAUGGAGAGACCAUCGCUCCUCUGGACCUUAUUGGUACUGAUGAUUGGCAUCCUCCUGAUAGCUGGCAAGUUAAAAGGCCAACGGAGGAUACUGGAACGCGCUUAUCCAGUGUGGCUGACCCUGGCCCGGAGAAGGAAGUUGAUGAGGACGGCCACCCGUUCUGUAUACGUGUUUUCCGUAUCGACUCAACCUUCGCGACUCUAUCUGCUGGCUUAAACACCACCGUUACUCAGUUGCUGGAGAUGUUGGGUCGCAAGUCCUUUUUACAAGAGGAUCUCAAUAAUUAUGAAAUCGUGAUGCGGAAAAACGAUCUCAGUCGAACCCUGGAGCCUAAUGAACGCCCUAUCCUGAUGCAAAAACGUCUUCUCCAACAAGUCGGUUACCACAUGUCCGACCGUAUCACUGAGAUAGGUCGUGAAGACAACAGCUAUAUAUGCCGUUUCACCUUUCUCCCUACUAAGCUAGGCGUUUAUUCAAAUCUUGACCCUGAACUUGGCUUCACAGAUAACCAGAAAUACAGCCAUGUUGACCUCGAAGGGAGAAGUGUGGCCACGAUACCCCUGAAGCUAUAUAAAAAGGCAUCGGAAAUUAUCUCCCUGAACCUCUCGAAGAAUUUGGCCCUAGAUGUCCCCAAGGAUUUCAUCCAAAGUUGUAUUAACUUACGGGAAAUUAGAUUCACUAGCAAUGAAGCCUGGCAACUUCCCCCCAGUCUCAGUCUUGCUUCUCGCCUGACGUACCUCGACAUAUCCAACAACCGACUGGAAAAGCUUGAACACGCUAAUCUACACAAGUUGAAAGGCCUAGUCAGUUUGAAGAUGGCGAACAAUAAGCUGUCGAGCUUACCUGCCAACUUCUGGGAUUUCCCGUCAUUGCGCAGUCUGAAUCUCUCCUCCAAUAACUUCCGUGCUCUUCCUGACUUUUUGGGAAAUCUUACCAGUUUGGUCGACUUGGAUAUUAGUUUUAAUCAGAUCGAGGAUUUGCCCACCAUUGGCCAAUUUACUUCCUUAGAAAGACUCUGGGUUACAAAUAACAGCCUGAGCGGACCGCUAGUCGAAACUUUUAAGGGCUUGACCAAGCUCAAGGAAGUUGAUGCACGGUUUAACAACAUCACCUCCAUCGAUAACAUGGCCUCUCUCCCCAGGCUGGAAACACUACUCGUUGGCCAUAACGCUGUCUCUGCUUUCUCCGGGUCCUUCCCUAGGUUAAGGACAUUGGUGCUGGACCACUGUCCCGUCACCGAAUUCGACAUCACAUCACCAUUACCCACGUUGCAUUCUCUAAAUAUAGCGUCGGCUAAGCUGGUCGAAUUCAGGGACUCUCUAUUCGCCAACGUCCCUAACCUAACCAAACUUAUUCUAAAUACUAACCAUUUCGUUACCCUUUCACCUAAUAUCGGUUCUCUAAAGAAAUUAGAGCACCUUAACCUGGCAAAGAACCCUCUUUCUAUUCUACCGGCAUCAAUAGGCUGUCUGACUGAGCUCAAGAGCCUGAAUCUGCGAGAAUGCAACCUUAACAGGCUUCCAGCUGAGAUCUGGUACUGUCUUAAAUUGGAGAGCCUAAACGUCUCAUCCAAUGUCCUGGAAAUUUUCCCAAAGCCAGCUUCCUCCCCACCUCUCCCGCCGUCCGAAGCAACCAAUAAUUUAACUCCAAUGGGCACCCCGUUGCUACGCGCUGAUAGCUAUGAUGAUGUUGGCGGAAGGGGUGAAGAAUAUGAUUUCCGACGGCCAAGCCAUGCUUCUACCGGUCGUUUACAGGUUGGCACACCUCCAGACUCAACUAGAAAAGGUUCAAUACCAUCAAUGAGUUCGCCCGGCGGAAGGAAAUCGUCAAAUGCUUCCCGCGUAACUGCUGAGUCAAGGAAGGAUUCCACAUUUUCGCAACGGAUAGCUAGUACCUUUGCCAGCUCGCUCAGACAGCUUUACCUAGCUGAUAAUCGGCUUGAAGAUGACAUCUUCCAUCAAAUCGCGCUACUCACAGAGCUGAGAGUGCUGAAUCUAUCUUACAAUGGUUUAACUGACUUGCCUCCGGGGUUUAUUCGGCGCUUGCAGUACCUCUCUGAGCUUUAUCUGUCUGGAAACGAGUUGAGUUCUCUUCCUUCCGACGACUUGGAAGAGUCAAGCCAUCUAAAGGUCCUCCAUCUCAACGGCAAUAAAUUCCAGGUCCUUCCUGCGGAACUCUGCAAGAUAAACAAACUUGCUGUGCUGGACGUUGGAAGCAACUCGCUCAAGUAUAACAUCUCCAACUGGCCGUAUGAUUGGAACUGGAACUGGAAUCAUAAUUUGAGAUACCUUAACUUCUCUGGAAAUAAACGAUUUGGAAUCAACCCGUCUAGUGCCUAUACGCCAAGUACUGACGGAACCCCAUCGACAGACUUGACAGAUUUCAGCUCCUUAAGUUACAUACGUGUUCUCGGUUUGAUGGACGUUACCAUCACUAUACCAACCAUUCCUGAAGAAACCGAGGAUAGGCGUGUGCGAACUUCCUCCUCUUUGUCAGGAUGCAUUGCAUAUGGCCUUGCAGAUAGUCUUGGCAAAAAUGAGCAUCUAUCCAUGAUUGAUAUGGUCGUCCCACGUUUCAGGGGUAGUGACAUGGAAACAAUCAUUGGUUUGUUUGAUGGCCAGCCGUCAAUGGGUGGGGGUUCAAAGAUUGCAAAGUUCCUGCAUGAAAACUUCACAGCUACAUUUAUGGAGGAACUAGGGAAGCUUCGCAAACAAAAUGGAGAAACACCAGAGGAUGCCUUACGGAGAACAUUUUUGGCUCUCAAUAAGGAUAUGGCUACCGCUGCUUACAAACCUGUGGACGAUAAAGAGUCGCGUCACUGGGAUCGCAACCCUACUGCCGCUAAGCUGCUUAACCGUGAGGAUGCUUUUUCAGGUGGCACUGCCACUGUCCUGUACUUGCAGAACAUGGAGCUUUUUGUUGCCAACGUUGGCGAUGCCCAGGCCCUGUUAGUCCAAGGUAAUGGACAAUUCAAGUAUCUUACGAAAAACCAUGAUCCUGCAGAAGCUUCUGAGAGAGAACGAAUUAGAGAAGCCGGCGGCUAUGUUUCUCGCAAUGGAAAACUAAAUGACCAGCUAUCGGUUUCGCGAGCAUUUGGACACUUCCACCUGGUGCCUGCUGUUAUCGCGGCUCCGAGCACGGUGAAAGUCACACUCACGUCUCAGGACGAGAUGAUUAUCCUUGCAUCUGGGCAGUUGUGGGACUAUGUGACGCCGAAUGUGGUUGUUGAUGUAGCGAGAUCCGAACGGACUGAUUUGAUGAUUGCUUCACAAAAGAUUCGCGAUUUGGCGAUCUCGUAUGGCGCUACAAGCAAGCUUAUGGUGAUGAUCGCUGGUGUCAAUGAUCUCAAGCGACGAGAACGCAGCAAGUUUAGAAGCACCAGCUUAUCAAGACCCUCGCCGCUCAAUGACGAACAUAUGUUCCCUCUUACCAAGCGCGCAAAGAGGGCCCGUGAUAUCCCUAGUGAUUCUACCCUAGCAAGAUUGGGCCAUGUGGAAGCUCCUACGGGUGAACUUGCUAUAGUCUUCACUGAUAUCAAGCAGUCCACUUCCCUUUGGGAGACAUAUCCCCUUGCUAUGAGAUCUGCCAUUCAAAUACACAAUGAGUUGUUCCGGCGGCAAUUGCGACUCAUUGGAGGGUUUGAAGUCAAGACAGAGGGAGAUGCGUUUAUGGUAUCAUUCUCAACCGCCACUGCAGCACUACUAUGGUGUUUCACUUGCCAGAUGCAACUUCUAGAAGCUCCUUGGCCGACAGAAGUACUUCAGACGCCUUCUUGCCGUGAGACGUAUGAUGAUGAUGGCAACCUUAUUUACAGGGGAUUGUCCGUCAGAAUGGGUAUGCACUGGGGCCGGCCGCUUUGUGAAAAAGACCCAGUUACCGGCAGAAUGGACUAUUUCGGACCAAUGGUAAAUCGUGCUUCUCGAAUCUCGGCUGUAGCCGAUGGUGGACAGAUCUUUGUUUCAGCCGACUUCGUUACUGAGAUGGAGAGGACCCUGGAAGCCUUUGCAGAUUACGAGCGCACCAACUCGGAUUCGUCAGAGGAUACAUUUGGAGACGAGGCACUGGGUCAAGCUACCCGCCGCGAACUUUACCAGUUGAGCACACAAGGUUUUGAAGUUAAAGAUCUUGGCGAACGUAAAUUAAAAGGCCUUGAGAACCCAGAGUCAGUAUACCUGCUAUACCCACAUGCCCUGUCUGGGCGACUGUCUGUCCAGCCAGACAUGGUGGCAUCUGGCGAAGCAUCUUCUGCAGGAACUCUAGGCAAAAACUCUACCUUGAAUAUCGAUGCAGAUAUGUUCUGGCAACUCCUCAGGAUAGCUCUUCGCUUGGAGGCGUUUUGUAGUACCCUUGAGAACCCCGGUGGCAGCAUGCUACUUGAACCUGAUUUGCAAAUCAUCAAUGCAAUCAAGGCCCGAGGUGAUGAGAUUGAUGAUGCUGCUGUUAUGAAAUUACUUGAACAUCAAGUAGCACGCAUAGAGACCUGCACCAACACUCUCACGAUCAGAACUAUGAUGCAGCCUUUCAAACCGAACGAUACCCUCCUCGACCAUGCCGUUCCCAUGUCUGACAUCCUACAACAACUCCAAUCCCAACUCGCAGAGUUCAAAGCACUCAAGACUCAGAUGAAUCUCACCGGUGCUCCCACCACGCCUCCGCCGAGUGGCUACUCUGUCGAAGUACCAGAAUCAACGAUUUCAUCCGCCCAAUCAUCCGCCAUCAACCUUGCUGCUCCUCCACAUCUAGCCCCAAAAUGA